UUAUGGUUUAACUUAGUCAGUAAUGUAUUGUGUGUGUGCAUGAUCACGUGUUUAAAUCGACCGCCUUCGAGACUGGUUCAAACUCGUAUCUAUCCACGGACGACAACCUUAUUCAAAUUCACCAGUCACUGCAGCAGUUUUUCUUUGACUGACCGAGCGAGACAGCAUUCCACUUGAAACCUCUUGUGGACAAAGCUAUUCUCCCGCUAUGGGUAGUUUCUGCCACCUAAGAAGUCGGUGUCUCCUCAGCCAGUUCGGCCUACCAUUUGUCAUGCAUCGACAAUACAGCCUCAACAUUUCUGCUCAGCUUCUACGAACGCAGGGCUAUGUGAACGGGCAAUGGAUCAAUGCUCCCUCUACCUUCCCAGUGCUGGACCCAGCGACGAGUGAAGAGAUUGCGAACGUCGCCGACUGCGGUCCAGCAGAAGCUAAACUAGCUGUCGACGCAGCCUAUAAGGCAUUCUACUCCUGGAAACAUCACACAGCGAAAGAAAGAAGUGUCCUUCUACGGAAAUGGUACGAUCUGUUGACGUUGAACAAGAAGGACCUUGCUAAGCUGAUCACCUUUGAGUGUGGCAAGCCCAUGAAGGAGUCCCUGGGGGAGAUUGCUUACGCUGCUGGCUUUCUGGAAUGGUUCUCUGAGGAGGCGCGCCGUGUCUACGGGGAUGUUGUGCCCUCGGCUGCCAAGGACCGUAAGAUCCUUCUGCUCAAACAGCCUGUGGGUGUGGCCUCAAUCAUCACUCCGUGGAACUUCCCCAGUGCUAUGAUCACCAGGAAAGUGGGUGCUGCCCUGGCCGCGGGCUGCACCGUCGUGGUGAAACCUGCCGAGGACACACCCCUCUCUGCCCUGGCGCUCGCUGAGCUGGCGAGUCAGGCCGGGAUCCCAGCAGGGGUGUUUAACGUGGUGCCCUGCUCCAGAGAGAAGACCCCCUCUGUUGGGACGGUCCUCUGCACAGACCCCCUGGUGGGGAAGGUCUCCUUCACUGGGUCCACUGCCACUGGAAAGAUUCUCUUGAAGCACGCCGCCGACACCGUCAAGAGGGUUUCAAUGGAGCUGGGUGGCCAUGCCCCCUUCAUUGUGUUUGACAGUGCGGAUGUGGACAAGGCUGUGACGGGAGCCAUGAACUCCAAGUUCAGGAACUCGGGACAGACAUGUGUCUGCUCCAACCGCUUCCUGGUCCAGAGUAGGAUCCACGAUCACUUCAUAGAGAAGUUGGGGAAAGCCAUGGACGCAGAGCUCCGUCUGGGCCACGGCUCUGACCCAAACACCACCCAGGGACCCCUCAUCAACGUCCGUGCCUCUGAGAAGGUGGAGCACCAGGUAAUGGAUGCAGUGUCGCGGGGGGCCAAGGUGCUAAGGGGGGGGAAGCGCCUGGACGGCUCGUUCCAUCAGCCCACUCUGCUGGCUGAUGUCACCACAGACAUGCUGUGUACCAGAGAGGAAACCUUCGGUCCUCUCCUGCCUGUCAUCAGGUUUAACACAGAGGAGGAAGCACUUGCCAUUGCCAAUGCAUCUCAUGUGGGUUUAGCAGGGUACUUCUUUUCCCAGGACGUCAGUCAGAUCUGGCGGGUGGCGGAGAAUUUGGAGGUAGGCAUGGUGGGGGUCAACGAGGGUCUCCUCUCCACCUCAGAGGCCUCCUUCGGUGGGGUCAAACAAUCGGGCUUGGGCCGUGAGGGCUCCAAGUAUGGCAUCGAGGAGUACCUGGACGUCAAGUACAUGUGCUUUGGAGGGCUAACCCCCUGAGGGUCCACUGCACCCCUGACCCCCAAGUAGGAGGCUGUGAUUUUGGGAGGAUUCUUAGGCUCUAGUAACAGUUACUUACUCAUAUUUAACAUAAAACACUACAAUGGAUUACAAUAAUCAAAUAUGAUUCUUUCACAAAUGAUUGUGAUUCUGAUCCUCUGCAUAUGUUGUCAUUGAGAGCCUUCAUCUCUCAGAUACAGGGAAAGCAAAUUAACAAACAUAUGUUAAUGCAGUACAACUUAACUGGGAGUCCUGCAGGCUGGUAUGGAGUAUAGGAAAACCUUUCAUAGUAUUGAAAAUGCCAUUGGUGGUUGCACUAUUAUCGCUAACGCCAUGGUUCAUAGAUACAGUUGAAGUCGGAAGUUUACAUACACUUAGGUUGGAGUCAUUAAAAAGUUUUUCAACCACUCCACACAUUCCUUGUUAACAAACUAUAGUUUUGUCAAGUCGGUCAGGACAUCUACUAAG